AUGAUGCAAUCAGUGCAAUUCGACGAGAGAUACAGGGGGUAUUCCAGUGAAAAGCUCAUGGAAAGUAUGAUCCGUCGAAUCAAAGAUGGGAGAGCCGAAGUUAGCCUUAGACCUCUCCAUCGCCUCACUCCACAAUGCAUCUCGUUGCCAGUUUAUGGGCCCUGUGACGCUCCGAGUGCCGUCAUUCUUGCAACCGCUGUAAUAGUUGCGGAAACGCGCUUGAAUGAAAUCCAGCAAGGCUUUGUGGAGAUCGACAUGGAUCUUCUCUUCGGCCGUUAA